AAUUGGGGACCCCUGCUAUAGGCAAUAAACUAGACAAUUUACGAGUAUUAAAAAUUGUCAAUUGAAAAUAAUACAAAUGGGCCAGACAAUGGUGAUUUUGCUAAGUGCACUACUCUGUUCCUGAAAUGUUAUACUUUAAAGCGAGAACACUCGAUUCCUUUUCAUCGAGCUGAUCGGCAGGUUCGUUCAGGGCGUAGUCCACACCAUUCUUCCUUUAAGGCCGCGCCAUCGGAGUUCAGUUUCGUCGUCUUCCACCGUUUCUCCCAGGACUUCAGAAACUGACUGAUUUCGACUUUGAUUGAUGUUUACUCCCAUAUCUGUUUCUCUUUUGUCUUCUGUUCGUGAUGGACAAAAAGUCUUGAAUCCACAGAGAGAUCGUUGUGACAGCAGUCAUGAAUUUUAUAAAGUGGAUGUUGAACAGCCCUCGACGACUCUGUGUGAUUAUCUUACUUCUCUUCACUUUGUAUUCUUACUUCAUAUUUAUAAAAUUUCCACCGUAUUUUCAGCUCGUCUUUCGCCAACAAACACACGCCGGAAGCCCCCAAGGAUUCAUUUUGUCAGUUUAUUUUCAUGAAAACAGUAAAGCAGCAGGGAACAUCACAGGAGAUGCAUUUCGGAUUAUGGCUGUCGUGAGCACAGACACACACAAGGACUACCACUGCCAUGUUGAGUGUGAUGGCCAUGUGGUCUCCACAGAAGCACAUCCUGAAGUCCACUCCAUGGUUUAUGACUUCCCUUACAGACUGGUGGACUUCCUGUGCCCAAACCCAUGUGGAUCGGCUGGUGGUUUGACUAAAGUGACUGUGAAUACACACGAUGACCAGGGGCUCUCAAUGUCUGCCCUUCAAGCCCCUACUGCCCAUGAGGGGGCGCCUCAGCGUGACUUCACUGCCUGCAUUUCAGUCUUUACCAAUUACAGCAGAGCACAUCUCGUCCAGCUUGUCCACAUGUAUCAACUGCUGGGGGCUGAAAAGGUCUUCAUUUACACAAACAGUGGCACCACAAAGGCACAGAAGGUACUGGCUCCGUUCACUAUGGAGGGCUGUGUGGAAGUCAUCGACUGGAGAGUUGGUCGUUUUUUCAGUGAAUCCAACUGGCAGGAUUUCCUAAACGAUAUUCAGGUUGCUGCUUGGAGAGACUGCAUUUAUAGAAACUUGGGCACCAGCCAGAAGCUGGCACUGUCCACCUCAGGGCAAACCAACCUUUACAGUACAAGCAACACCUGGGCAGGACUACUGCAGUUCUUUGUGAAGGAGAACUUCACUAUUGGCUACCUGGAGGUGCAGGACUGUCACAAAUCCAUACUCUCCUCUUCAGAUGUUGGAGAAGAACAGGAAAAUACAGAAAGACGACAAGCAAAGUGUGGUCGCCCAUCCAGCAGGAAUGCACUAGGAGUGAACACCACCUUCUUUUACAUCUCUCUGGCCAAGGAUUCAAAUGUUGGUGAAUGGCCUUCUUUCUUGGCACAGUGCUUUGUGAAGGAGCCUCCUCAAGGGCAAGUGGCUGUUGUCAGGAUGAGAAUUCAAGAGAAAGAGAAUGACCCUCCAUUGGUCACUCCUGUGAAUGGCACCCAAGCAUUUGUCAUUUCUGCAUUUUAUGAUGACCGACAGCAGCAGGACGUCAUUCGAAUCCUAGGAAUUGUGAAGCGAGAUCAGUAUGAAAAGAUGAACACAACAUUGUAUUGCCACGUCCAGUGUGAAAGCGCCCUUCACAUUGGGCCUGCUGAGGUGGAAAUUCAUUAGUGAGCACUUUGACUUUCCAUACGGAGCCACA